AUGGACCUUAAUACAAAUAAGGUUCCACAUGCAACUCACUCAUCUGUUAUUGCUGAUUGCUCUCCUAAUAAAGGUAUUCUAUAUCCUAUAUUUGAUUUUCUUUCUGCAAAUCGAUUGUCUACUUCUCUUAAACCUUUUCUAACCAUAGGUUGUAAGUGGGUUUUUCGAAUCAAGUAUAAGGCAGAUGGAACUAUAGAAAGACACAAAGCUAGAUUGGUAGCUAAAGGCUACACUCAACAAGAAGGAUUGGAUUUCUUUGACACCUUUUCUCCAGUAGCAAAGAUUACUUCCAUUCGGCUACUGCUUGCUAUAGCUGCUAUUAAAAAUUGGCAUCUUCACCAAUUGGAUGUUAAUAAUGCAUUUUUACAUGCAUUGCUUGCUUAUGGUUUUACUCAAGGUAGCUCAGAUUGUUCUUUGUUUAUCAAGAAAUCUGAAUCAUCCUUCAUUGCUUUACUAGUAUAUGUCGAUGAUAUUAUUUUGGCCAGUGACAGUUUGCUUGAAAUACAAUUGCUUAAAACUUUUCUACAUGACAAGUUUACAAUUAAAGAUUUGGGGGAACUCAAAUAUUUUCUUAGAUUGAAGGUAGCAAGAUCUAAAACUGGUAUAUCAAUUUGUCAAAGGAACUUUGUUCUAGACAUACUUGAACAAGCUGGAGUUCUUGGUGCAAGACCUGCAACUUUUCCAAUGGAAUUGAAUUUAAAGCUCACUACUUCAGAUUUUGAUUUUUAUGAAGAUCCUUCGGCCUAUAGAAGAUUAGUUAGGAGGUUGUUAUAUUUAACAUUAACUCGACCCGAUCUUGCCUAUUCAGUCCAAGUUCUCAGUCAGUUUUUAGCCAAACCAGCUGUUAGUCAUUUCCAAGCAGCCAUUCGAGUUCUCAGGUAUCUAAAGGCAACCCCUGACCAAGGCUUAUUUUUUCUAGCUUCAUCAGAAUUGCAGCUUAAGGCUUUCUCAGACAGUGAUUGGGCAGGGUGUAUUGACACUCGUAGAAGUGUAACUGGAUUUGCCAUCUUCUUGGGCGAUUCAUUAAUUUCUUGGAAGUGUAAAAAACAAGCUACCAUAAGUAGAUCUUCUGCUAAAGCAGAAUAUAGGGCCCUUUCUUCAACAACUUGUGAAAUUCAAUGA